AUGACCACCGUGCCCUCAGAAGAGGCCACAGCCACCAGCAUCUCCACACAUGGCGACAGCAGGUCUUCAGAGAGCCCAACGCUGGGGUCCCAGAGUCAGGCCUCCCUCCGUGCAGAUGUCCCAGUGGCUAACGGCACUUCAGCGUCAGCUGAAUGGCAGGAUGUAGAUCAGGCUUCCAUCAAGCCAGACACCUCUGAGGCCGUGUCACUGCCUGGGGACAAGGACAAGCAUGAAGAUGCUGCAGAGUUUAGCCAGGAGCCCAAGCUCGUCCACCUGGCCCCAGGUUCCCUGCAAAUGUCCGUGAGCCUUCAGAACCAAGUACAGGACAGGCCGGUGCAAAAUGCAAGGAUGACUCAGAGUCUUCAGAUUUUCCAACAUGGCUCCCUGGUUAACGAAGAAACACCACAGACGGCGGGUGUCCUGGAUGGGGAGCAGGAGUUAGCUCUAUCUACCCCAAGUGCUGUGGCACAGUCCCCCCAGAAUGUGCCUGCUGUGAGCACUGCAGAUGCCGACAUUCAGCUUGACACUUUGGCCACCGGCACCACUGAAGCUGUUGUGGAGAAGCCUGAGCGUCCGGAGGCCUUGCACCCCGACACUGAAGCUUUGCCCUCAGCCGAGUUCCAGGUAGUGCCUGAGUUGGAUGUGACACACUACUCAGGAGACCUGCAGGCUCCUCCCUCCCCAAGGGGCAGCGUCCCCCCCUUACCUGGCCCCUCCAUAGCGGCCCUGGGGAGGCCCUUGGACUCCAGCCUGUACAUGGCCAGCGGGGAGGACAACUACCUGCACUCCAUGACCAGCUUGCUGGCUGGGGGCGAGGGGUCCAUCCGCUCCCUUGCAGACGUCCUAGUGUGGUCUGAGGACACCCUGGGCAUGGCCACAGGCUUGCUGGCCUCUAGCCGCAGCUCAGUGACAGACCUGCUACGCAGCACAGGGCCUAGACUGCGCUCUGCCUCCAGCAUCCUGAGGAACGCCAGCUUGGUCAUCUCCUCGGGGCUGGCAGCAGGGACCAACUCAGCCAUGCUCUUCAUCGUCCGCAUGCUAGAGAGGGCGGAGCAGAGGACCAUAGAGGGCAUCCGCUCGGCCGUGCGCUACCUCACCAGCCACCUCACCCCACGCUAA